AGAGGAGUCAUAACCGUUAACUCGCCGGUCCGCUAACGCCUCUACUCUAUAAAUUCAUUUGGCAGCAUUGGCUUAGCCGCACACUACUCUGUUUCAUUUCGUUUUUGGCCGUACGAAAUAUUGCACAAAAAUGCCUGUGGGUGGGCGCACAGCCGGCAAAUACGGAUAUUCCGACAGCAGUUACUACAGUGGCCAUUCCUACAAAAGCAUCAACGAUGAAAUUAUUUGGGUGAGCAUCGGCAUGGGCGUCACUAUAAUUGUUCUAAUCACCAUAGCGCUGUGCUACAUCGCUUACGAGAAAUGCCACAAGAAACGUGAAUACUACAUUAAUGCAUAACGCGGUACCUUGGAGACGGUGAAUUUUAAUAGCAACUGGCAGCCAAUUAUGGAAGCGAACGGCAUGCAGUGUCAUGUGGCACGCAACACAUGCAACGAAAGGCAAUUUGCAAAGAAGAUAGCCGAAAAUUAUGCACAACACAAAAGUGCGCGCGAUAUGGAGGUGCCGCCAUAAAUGCAGGAGAUAAAAGUAGACCGUGCAGUGUAAAGCGAGUGUAUCGAAAAAACAAAGUUAAGUUUGCACAAAAUUGGCAUAAGUAGAAGUGCCACCUACCGCCAACCACCAACCAACGACCGCAAACCGCUUGCUCCGUUGACUGCAAUUGCACUUCGCACAACCACCUACACACACAAAUACAACGUACACACACACAUGCCACAUGCACACAUACGCAUGUAGUAAUAAUUUGCGGUAUAUAGAGUUUGUAUGAUUCGCAUUUCGUAAUAUCUACGCCAAAAAGCGCUAAAUCCCCCACAAAAUUACAUUUUUCACACACACAGUUGCAAAGCGCAGGAAGCAUUUGCGCUUGCAACCGGAAGCGCAUAAUGGCAAUGGCUUAGCCAUUUGCUUUACGCGGCUACUCUUAUUCUGGUCAUCAUGAAUGUAUUUCCCCGCUCGUACAGGAACAGCAAGCCAAUUCCCGUUGAGUUCGGGCAAAGCGUCCAAAUAUAGAGGACAACCAUAUAGCAGUCAACCAUAUAAAAAUAUUUACAUUGUACUCUGUGCAACAAUAUUACUUAAGCGUAUGUGUUUGCAAUGGCAAUUUAGAGAAUUUAUAAAAGAGGGUAUGAGCUGCACAAGGUGAGCUUAUAAGGAAAUAUAAUACUCCCACAUUUUAAAAAGCUUUAA